AUGGCAGGGAGCUCCAACGUGCCACACAAGACCUCGCUGCCCGAGGGCGUCAGAGUGGGCAACGUGAUUAGAAUCCGUGGUGUUGUGCCCGACAAGGCUCGCAGGUUUCACGUGAACCUGCUGUGUGGGGAGGAGGAGGGCGCCGAGGCUGCGCUGCACUUCAACCCCCGGAUGGACGAGUCCACGGUGGUCUUCAACACCAAGGAGCGCGGGGGCUGGGGCCAGGAGGAGCGCGGCCGCGGCCUCCCCUUCCAGCGUGGGCAGCCCUUCGAGGUGCUCCUCAUCGCCACGGAGGAGGGGUUCAAGGCCGUGGCGGGCGACGAGGAGCUCCACCUCUUCCGCUACCGCAUCCCGCCGGCGCGCGUGCGGCUGCUGGAGGUGGGCGGCGACCUGGAGCUGCAGUCGGCGAGGGUCUUCUGA